AUGCCGAUCAACGUGCCGCCGCCCUUGACGGCGAAGUCCCUUCCGACAGACAACUGGCCGACGUCCACGACGCGCCAGCAGCAGGAGACUGAAUCCUUAUGCACGUCUUUCUUCGUUCCGCUGGAAUCGUUGCCUCCGCACGAGCUCCAUCAGCUGCAGUCGGCCGGGUUUCUGAACGACCGGUUUGAGGUGCGCUUGCUGCGAGAGAAACAUGUGCCGUAUCUGGUGCGCGGCCUCGACAUAUUGGACGGCUGGGAUGCGAUCGACGAAGCCGCGCUGGCUCAUUACAUUGCUCACCGCCAAAUGGCCGUCGAAGGGGGCUAUCAAGGUCGCACCAACAAACUGGUCGAUGGCUGUUAUAGCUUUUGGCAGGGCUCGGUGCCGGCGCUGCUGUCGUUUGACCUCAACUUUGUGACAUGGUCAUUAGGUCACUAUUUGAGCCACACCCAAGCGCACCAACAGUACAUUUUGCUGUGUGGCCAGCAGAUUGAAGGUGGAUUGAGGGACAAACCCGGUAAAUCCCGCGACCAUUACCAUUCGUGCUACGUGUUGAGUGGGUUGUCGGUGGCGCAAACGUACGGCGGGGUCGUGGUCGGCGACGGGGCAAACCGGUUAAUCCCAACCCACCCCGCGUAUAACAUUGGGUGGGACAAAGUCCACCGCAUUCAUUCUUACUUUCAUGUCGUGGGAAAAACCGAGGUUGAUCCCAUGGAUUAA